AGCUACAUUCCAUCCAGACAUAGCAUAGACUCUCUUGACUUGCUCCAAACUUAGCAAAUGGAGGAUCUUGAUCCAACUUUCAUCCAAGCACCAGAGCAUAGAUCAAACUCCAACUCCAUCCCUAACCAACCGGAAGAAAUACCCGUGAUCGAUCUCUCACGUCUCAACGACCCUGAAGAUAUCCAAAACGUGAUCUCUGAGAUAGGUGAUGCAUGUGAAACAUGGGGAUUUUUCCAGGUGAUCAAUCAUGGUGUACCUUGCGAUGCGAGGAAGCGUGUGGAGGAGACGGUGAAGAUAUUUUUCGAUUUGCCUAUGGAAGAGAAGACCAAAGUAAAGAGAGACGAGGUGAAUCCAGCAGGGUAUCAUGAUGGAGAACACACGAAGAACGUUAGAGACUGGAAAGAAGUGUUUGAUAUUUAUUUCAAAGAUCCAAUGGUUAUGCCUUUUUCCACAGAUCCUGAAGACGAUCGUUUAAGAGUUGUUUAUAACAAGUGGCCUCAGUUUCCUUCUGAUUUCAGGGAGGCAUGUCAGGAAUAUGCAGGCCACGCUGAAAAACUAGCGUUCAGACUUUUAGAGCUCAUCUCAUUAAGCUUAGGCUUACCAAAAGACCGUUUUCAUGAUUACUUCAAAGAACAAAUGAGUUUUUUCAGGAUCAAUCGUUAUCCACCAUGUCCACGGCCUGACCUAGCUCUAGGUGUAGGCCACCACAAAGAUGCAGACGUUAUAAGUCUAUUGGCUCAAGACGAAGUUGGAGGGUUACAAAUUAGUCGUAGAUCGGACGGUGUUUGGUUUCCUAUUAAACCUGUCCCUAAUGCUCUUGUCAUCAAUAUUGGCAAUUGUAUGGAGGGAUGGACGAAUGAUAAGUACUGGAGUGCAGAACAUAGAGUGGUGGUGAACUCAACAAGGGAAAGAUACUCAAUACCGUUCUUCUUGUUGCCUUCACAUGAUGUGGAAGUGAAACCAUUAGAAGAGCUUCUGAGUCCUGAAAACCCUCCAAGAUACAAAGGAUAUAAAUAUGGCAAGUUUUAUGUCAGCAGAAACAGAAGCGAUUUUAAAAAGCUCGAGAUCCAAAACAUUCAGAUCGAUGAAUUCAAAAUUGUAACAUAGAACUACUGGUACUAUGUGUGACUUGGGUUUUUCAAGCUAUGAUCUCAAUGUAAGCCAUUAAUGUAAUAAUGUGUGUGAGACUGAGUCUUUGUCAGAAACAAUAAAGUUGAUAAUGUUUAAUGGAAGUUUGUGAGGUUUUGAUAACAA